CUGUACCGAGCGAACGUUAACCUGGCGGGGAUCCACCUCCGCAACGCCGAACAUUCCAAGGCCAUCCGCUGCUGGGAGGCGGCCCGGGAGUGCGCCCGGCGCAUGCGGGACAAGCAGAUGGAGAGCGAAUGUUAUGGCAGCAUUGGCCAGACUCUGCUCUCUCUGGGGGAUCUCUCGGCGGGGAAGCGCUCACUGAAGAAGGCUUUUCGUCUGGGAAGUCUGCAGCAGUCGGAUCGAGACGUCGUACGCCGCAACCUGAAAUACGCUAUAAAGGGCUGCCAUCUAGAAGAGGCAUUAUCAGAGCUUGUGGAGGAAGACCAGAGGGGGGCGCUACCGCUGUAUGAGCAGCUUGGAGAUCUGUACUGUAAAGUGUCUUGUUACAGCAAAGCCGUGGAGUAUUACAAGCUGCAGCUCAGCUGUGCUCAGUCCCUGGGACGCCCGGACAGGGAGAUGGCGGUCAUUCACGUGUCCCUGGCUGCCACCUACACUGACCUGAGAGACCACAAGCAUGCUUUGCUGCACUAUCAGGCGGAGCUGGAGUUGCGGAAGGGCAAUCCUGUGGAGGAAUGUAAAACAUGGCUGAAUAUGGCGAUGUCCAUGGAGGAGGAUGGCCAGGGGUUGGAGGAGGCGCAGAGGUGUCUGUCCAGUGCCCUGAAAUGUUCCCGAGAAGCGAAGGACUCGCAGCUCCAGAGAAAAGUCCUCCGCCAGCUCCUUGUGACGCAGCAGAAGUGGGCGUCCCCGGAGGCGGCAGAUACGGAGGCCCAGCUGGCAGAGUUGUGUGGCGGGUCAGACAGUGAGAGCGAGGAGGAGGAGGUGGAGAGCAGUGAGCCCCUGCAGGAGAGCGACAUCGAACUGUCCCAGAGUGAUGAUGACGAGGAUCUGGAGGGAUAUGAGAAGUCUGUUCCCGGGAAGAGGAGAGCCGUUCAGUGGAACCGCCGCAACGAGAAGGGGGAGACCGUCCUACACCGAGCCUGUAUCGAGGGGAACGCCAAGCUGGCCAAGUGUCUGCUGGAGAAGGGUCAUCCUCUCAACCCACGGGAUUACUGUGGAUGGACACCUCUUCACGAAGCCUGCAACCAUGGCCAUCUGGAGGUUGUGCAGAUGCUGAUAGAUCGAGGCGCCAACAUCAAUGAUCCGGGCGGUCCGCUGUGUGAGGGGAUCACACCACUCCAUGAUGCCCUGGCCUGUGGCAAUUUCCAGGUGGCUCAGCUGCUGAUCAAUAGAGGAGCGUCCGUCACCCAGAGGAGUUCCAAGGGUGUGACCCCGAUUGGCAGUCUGCAGGAAUGGAUUCAGAUAUACGGCAAACACUUGGACCAGGAGACCCGCGAGGACUGCAGAGAGACCGAGAAGCUUCUGCGUGCAGCUCUGGCGGGAAAAGUGGCUCAGACCCCCCAACCUAAAGGAGACCUCCAGGACAGUGAGCUCUUUGAUGCCGAAGGAUCUCAGCCUAUGGCGCCCUCCAGGGGCGGUACCCAAGCAGAGCGGACUGCCGCUGACAGACGGACAUCCUCUUCCAGGGGCAGUACCCAUACAGAGUGGAUGGGCAAUGACAGACGGACUGGGGGUGACACACGGACAUCCUCUUCCAGGGAUCUGGAAGGCGAGGAGGAGAUGUCCCCCUGCUGGACCAGCACCCAGAUAAGCAGAGAGGAGCCCCUAGAUGAGGAGGAGAACCUUCUCACCCCCCUGAAGCCAGUCAAGAAGAAAGCUCGAUUUGCUCUCCAGAAGUCUACAUCCAACUUAGACGUGACUCCGAAUGAGGCACCUGACUCCCCCAUCCCCUCCCCCCAUCACCAGAUUUCUGAGGGGGGCAAAGCGGCAUACCAGAAAGCCAUGCAGAGCCUGGGGAGUGCCAAAUCCCGACUACUCAGCCAAUCCAUGGCUCAGCCGGAUCUCCUGGCUGACGAAAGUUCUACCAAAGCGGCUCUGGUGCCAUCAGAGGAAUACCUGGGGGAUGAUUGGCUGGAAGAUGACCUGAGAAGUGAAUGUCGCUCCAGAAAAAGAAUGCGCAGGUCUCCCUCCCCCAUGGCGAUGGAGGAGGUGGAGGAAUCCAGUGAUUGUGCAGAGGAGGAGGGGCCUGAGGAACGAUGGAGGGACAAGCCAACUUCUCGUACCGUGUCAUUGUCCCGCAAACGCUCAAGGCAGACCAAACUAACCCAGAUUGUAGACAGAGCCAUUGUGGGGCGUACCAAGAGCUGUCCGAAGAACGACGUCUCCGUUCCUCGAGUGAUCAACACUGGCCGAGCCCUCAGCACUCCGGUGAACAGCGGACAGUUCCUUCUCUCCGCUGUCCCUCAGAUGCCAACAGUGACCCCUUCUCUGCCUCCACCAAUGAGAGUGCGGGUCAUAGUUCAGGAUAACGUCUUCCUCAUCCCCAUCCCUCACAGUGACUGUGAGACUCGGGAGAUCUCCUGGUUGGCUGAACAGGCUUCUCAGCGGUAUUACCAAAGCAGCGGCCUGCGGCCCCGACUCACCCUGAAGAAAGAAGGAGCCUUGCUGGACCCUCAGGACCUCAUUCUCUAUGUCUUGCAGAGCAACGAGGAGGUUCUGGCCGAGGUCCAUUCCUGGGAUCUACCACCACUGACCGAUCGCUACAAGAAGUCAUGUCAGAGUCUUGGUGUCAAGGAGAACGAUCUGGUACUGAAGGCUCUGGAGCAGCAGGAGGUCAGCACCUGCUUGUCUCUCUGCCGCUUGGCCCUGAAGUCGGUGGAAUUGUGCCCCCUGCUGCGUGCGUUGAAGUUGCAGUCAUCCUUACGCCAAUUGCACCUGAGUGGGAACGUCCUGGGAGACGCAGAUAUGGAGGAGCUCUCGGCCAUGCUCUGUACCAUCCCCCACUUAACUCAUCUCAACCUGUCCUGUAACCGGCUGACCCAGGAGGGGAUCAGGAAGUUGAUGCCGGCAGAUGGGGGGCACUUUGAGAAACUUGAGGAGUUGGAUCUCAGCUUGAACCCUCUGGGGGAUGGGCUGACACAACCUCUGGCCUCUCUGCUCCACCAUUGCCCUGUACUGACCACUAUCAACCUCCGGGGGUGCCAGCUCUCCGCCAAAUUCCUGCAGCAAUAUCGCCUCCUGCUGGCAGACGCCUUCAGAGGCAGUGUCCACAUGAAGAACAUCUCCCUUUCCCAUAAUCCUCUGGGCUCCAUUGGAGUGGAGCUGAUCCUGAAGACUCUUCCUCAUGACAUCAUCUCCCGGCUGGAUCUCCAGGCUGUGACCACCGGGGAGGCCCUUAUGGUUGAGUCUGUGGUCAGAUAUCUGUCUCAGGAUGGUUGUGUCUUAUCUCACCUGAUCCUCUCCUGCAACAACCUCAGUGAUGAGUCCGUACAAGACUUGGCCAG